AUGGCUUCCAAGCCCAACAUCGGCGUCUACACCAACCCCGCUCACGAUUUGUGGAUAAAUGAGGCGGAGCCAACGCUGGAGAGCGUGCAAAAGGGCGACAACUUGAACCCAGGACAGGUCACAGUGGCUAUCAGGAGUACGGGAAUCUGCGGAUCAGACAUUCACUUCUGGCACCAUGGCUGCAUCGGCCCCAUGAUCGUGGGCGGCGACCACAUCCUAGGCCACGAGUCGGCGGGCGAGGUUAUCGCGGUGCACCCGAGCGUGACGAGCCUCAAGGUCGGUGACCGGGUGGCGGUGGAGCCGCAGGUGAUCUGCAACGAGUGCGAGCCGUGUCUCACGGGGCGGUACAACGGGUGCGACAAGGUCGACUUCCUGUCGACGCCGCCGGUGCCGGGCCUGCUGCGGCGCUACGUCAACCACCCGGCGGCGUGGUGCCACAAGAUCGGCAACAUGUCGUGGGAGAACGGCGCGAUGCUGGAGCCGCUCAGCGUGGCGCUGGCCGGCAUCAAGCGCGCGCAGAUCACGGUGGGCGACCCCGUGCUGAUCUGCGGCGCCGGGCCCAUCGGGCUCAUCAGCCUGGCCGUCGUCAAGGCGGCGGGCGCGUGCCCCAUCGUCAUCACCGACAUCGACGAGGGCCGGCUGGCGUUCGCGCGCGAGUUCUGCCCCAGCGUGAUCACGCACAAGGUGGAGCGGCUGUCGCCCGAGGACUCGGCCAAGGCCAUCGUCAAGGCGUUCGGCGGGGUCGAGCCGGCGGUGGCCAUCGAGUGCACCGGCGUCGAGAGCAGCAUCAACGCAGCCAUCUGGGCGAGCAAGUUCGGCGGCAAGGUCUUCAUCAUCGGCGUGGGCCGCAACCAGAUCAACAUCGAGUUCAUGCGCGCCAGCGUGCGCGAGGUCGACAUCCAGCUGCAGUACCGCUACUCCAACACCUGGCCGCGCGCCAUCCGGCUCAUCGAGAACGGCGUCGUCGACCUGUCCAAGCUCGUCACGCACAAGUUCCCUCUCGAGGACGCCCUCAAGGCCUUCAACACGUCCGCCGACCCCAAGACGGGCGCCAUCAAGGUCAUUAUUCAGAGUCUGGAUUAG